AUGCGGGUUCUUUUUUGGAACAUAAAUGGAGUUGCUCGUGAAGCAGCUCAUUGUAAACUUAAGGAGUUAAUUAGAGAAUUCAAGCCGGAUGUGUUUUGUCUUGCGGAACCUAAGGUUUGUUAUUUAGAUUCAAUAAGGCCUUCUAUUCUAAAUAGGAGCAAACAUGCCAUUUAUAUUGAGGUCGACGGGGUUCAUAUUUCUUUUGUUCAUGCUAGUUACGUUCAAGUAAUAAGGAGAAGUCUUUGGCAGCAACUCAAUCUCCAAGAUGAAUCUAUUCCGUGGCUUGUUAUGGGCGACUUCAAUUGUAUUCUUAGACUUGAUGAGAAAAACGGAGGUCUUGAACCAAGAACUUCGGCUAUAAAUGAGUUUUCAGAUUGGUUAGAUGACAAUAAUCUUUUUGAGGCAGACUCUUUGGGUUCAAAAUUCACUUGGACUAAUAGUCAGUCGGGUACUAAUAGAAUCAUUAGUAAACUUGACCGUGUUGUUAUUAAUGCUGCUUGCCUUGCGAAAUUUGAGAAUUGGCGGUGUAAAGCUCUUUCUAGGGAAGUUUCCGAUCAUUCUACUCUCUUGGGUUAUCCUUUUGUUGUUCCAAGGCCUAAGAGAGCUCCUUUUCGGGGUGAUAAAGGAGUGAAAUCUUCUGGUUUUGGUAAUAUUCAUUCUCGAUUGAAGCAAGAUCACUUUAGGUUUGAAUCAGCAGCUCUGUGUUCGGAUGAGGACCCUAGUGAUGUUACCAAGCUUAAUCUCAUGAAAGAUGCUUUGGCUAAGCUUAGUGAGACUCGUCUUCAACAUAACACUAUGCUUAAGCAAAAGGCAAGAAAUCAGUGGCUUGUGGAGGGUUCAAGCAAUUCUACUUUCUUCCAUAAUAGCAUUCGAAGAAGUUCUAACACUAUUUAUGAAUUAGUAGAUAGUGACGGCCAUACUAUCUCUGAUUAUGAUCAGUUGCGCGACCAUAUUGUGCAGUUCUAUGAAGCUAAAUUUAAUGGCCAUGAAACUGAUAUUGAUGCUAGUUUGUUUGAUUAUGAGCAUGUUAGUAUUUAUGAUGAGUAA